AUGUCUCUCGGCUGGCCUGAGAACGCCUCGGUAACCCCCCAGAAGAGCUGGAGGAAGUGUCUACGGAGAAUUGCAGUGGUGGUGAAGGUCAGAAUGACUCUUUCUCUUCCUCUCAUCUUUCUGUUCAUGAUUUCUGACGUGUUUUCUCCAGCUCUUCAGGUAAAGGCACCACAGCUGGUGCUGGAGAAACAAACAGUCAGUCUGACCUGUGAAACCACAUGCAAUCUGACAGACAGAUUCAUCUGGUACAAAAAUGGACAGACUUUAAACAUCCAGAGCAAAACUCUCCAGCUUCAGUCUGAGCGCAGUGAUUCUGGUCAUUACAGCUGCGCUGCCAGAGGACAUGAACAUCUGCCUUCUCCUGCUGUCAGCAUCACAGUCAUGUAUCCCCCAAAGAGCGUCUCGGUGUCCAUCAGUCCGUCUGGUGUAAUAGUGGAGGGAGAUUCAGUGACUCUGAUCUGCAGCAGUGACUCAAACCCUCCUGCUCUCAUCUUCAGAUGGUUUAAGGAGAACCAAAGCUCAUCUGUUGGAUCUGGACAGAGUUUCAUCAUCUCCAGCUUUAACUCCAGUCACAGCGGACGCUACUCUUGUGAGGCUCAGAAUCGACAUGGAUCUCAGAGAUCAGACUCUGUUUCAGUCGCUGUUGAAGGUCGGUGA